GGGAUGUUGUCGAUAGUACAAAAUGACUUGCUUCUACUAGAAAACCAACUGCCUUGGAGAGUUCUUGACUGCUUAUUCCAUCAAGUACCUGGUGGAAAAUGCAAGUCCCUUUGGGAGCUUACUCAAAGGGUCCUUCCGAGUUGGAAAGGUUUAGAAUAUUUUGUUUCUCAUGUUCCAAAUACAUUGCAAAGCAGACAUUUACUCGACACUCUUAGAAUUCUUUCAGUUGAAUUUGAAUCGGACAAGAACGAGAAGGUUUGUCCAUUUCGGGUGCGGAUCCCCUCUGCGACAGAGCUUCUCCAAGUCGGAGUCAAAUUUAGACGUAAAAGAGGUUUCGACAGCAUACUCAACAUAACCUUGCUCGAUGGAUUGAUGGACAUUGCACCAAUAACUUUGGACGCCGAAAAAUCUGUCUUCAGAAACCUCAUAGCCUUGGAAGAGUAUGAACCAAGGCACCAUAAGUAUCAAAUUACCUCUUAUGACAGGGUCAUGCAUGACCUUAUUAAAUCUAGCAAAGAUGUGGAGUUUCUCAUUCAAAAAGGCAUUAUUAACACCAUUAGUCUGCGAAAGGAGGACAUAGUCUAUUUCUUCAACACCAUUCUUGAUGAUAGUAAUACAGUCUCCUCUUGUUCCUCUAUCGUGUUACUUUCUGCCGGAGUGACUGAGUAUUAUGAUCACCGUUGGCUACGAAGAUGGAUAGCGUCAAUCAAGCGUGAUUACUUGUACAAUCUAUCAUCAAUAUGGUCAAUCUCUAAUGCAGUUGUGUUUAUAACAAUUUUGACCAUCAUACAAACCGUGUAUUCAGUUCUCUCUUACUACAUGUCGUAGCCUUCUGGUAACAACCUCUGCUUUUCUCAUCUUUUUUUUUUUUUUUUU